CAAUGACUUGGCUCUAGAUAAUUUAUCCGCAGGCCAAAGCGUUCCGUCUGGAUCUAGCCCUGCUUCCACCUGGACAACUGGCUCAUCUGUUGCCAGCCCUUCCAAUCCUGCUGCACUAAGGCUUACUCGGUUAUUAUCUGCGUCUGCUCGUGGUGCUUCUGCUGCAAACAGGAAAUCUUCAGCCGUGACAGCGCUGCACCUAGCCAAACUUCGAGGUGGUCUUCUGACAGCAGCCGUCUCCAGAAGAGGUCGUGGUCGAGGUGGCAAUACUAGUCACUCGGGAAGGCUCUCAGGUCCUGAACUAUCCGACACCGAAGUGGGCGAUUUGGCCACGGAGGUUGGCGACGAGAUAAUGCAUCAUGCAUCUGCAACCGAGAACGGUGUUGAGAAUGUCGGCUGUGAGGGACUACGCAGAAGAGCUAGUCAAACAGAGCAGAGCUUGCGAAGACCAAUGCACGAAGACUUUUGCUAUCGGUAUCUGCAGCCGUAUUUUUCCAAAAAAACUGAUUUAAAAAUCUAUUCGUUUUUAGAAUCGGAGGAAUAUAAAUUGAUUAGUGACACGAUUAGUGGCUACUUUGAAAGGAGUUGGUCAGCUUUUUAG